GGUCUCCAUUCUUUGUCCUGCUCACAAUCCAGUUUUUUCAUAGUCAUCAGAUAUUCUUUUUAAAUGUGGCCUUGAAGAAACCACAGAUUCUUCUGUAUAUAAACCCUACAUGAUAACAUUCUACAAAUAAAAUAUAAUAGAUUUGCAAACAUCAAAACUUGCGAUUGUGGGGACCUGUCCAAUUUGUCUGAUUUUUCUAGAACUGGUUCUAGAAGUAGCAAAACCCAGGACAAAAGUCUGGCUGUCGUUUUAGUUAGGACUGGCGUAACCAUUGUAUGCCGUAGCUUUGUACAAAGGGAAUUAGCUACAGUUGUGGCUUUAUCCUAACUCCAAAUUAGUGAUAAAAUCCCUCUAAGUUUGACCUUAGAAUGGUUGGUCGAUGUGAGAGAAAUACAACUAAUUGAAGUAGACCAUAGCUAGUUGCAGCCAGCAUCGAUCUACGCCACAAUUAAAAAGAAGACUAGUUUUCCGUUAGUUGUCCGUGAGAAUGUAAGGGAAUGAGCGGUUUGUUGCAGAACAAAACCUUGAAUUUUUGUUUUUCUGAUUAAUGGGGGCGAACCUCUCUAGGGUUUAUGAAGGAGACGACGGGAGACCUCCUGCAGGUUAUCCGGGAUUGGCCGAUAUACCAGAGAAUUGCAUAGCGGGAAUUUUCAGGCAUUUGAGCCCUCUUGAUAUCUGCAAGCUUGCACGGUUGAAUAGAGCUUUUAAGGGCGCGGCUUCUUCCGAUUUAGUAUGGGCCGAGAAGUUGCCGGUGUGUUAUCAGGACAUGCUUUCGAAAUUGCCCCUUUCCAAGGGUCAAUUUUUGCCGAAAAAGGAGAUUUAUGCCCUUCUCUGCAAACCCAUUUCUCUGGACAAUGGAACCAAGGAAGUUUGGCUGGAUAAGGCCACAGGAGGAGUCUGUCUAGCAAUUUCAGCAAGAGCUAUGGCCAUCACAGGAAUAGAUGAUCAUCGCUACUGGAGAUGGAUUCCAUGUGAGGAGUCCAGGUUCCAUGAAAUUGCAUAUCUUCAGCAGCUUUGGUGGUUUGAAGUAGAUGGUGUAGUGAAAUUUCAGCUUCCUGCAGGAGAAUAUAGUCUUUCUUUCAGAUUACGGCUUGGGACAUCUGCUAGAAGAUUGGGUCGUCGGGUUCAAGUUUUUAACCAGGUUCAUGGAUGGGAUUUGAAACCAGUUCAAUUCUGCCUUUCUACAUCAGAUGGUCAGCAUGCUACACGAGGGUAUUAUUUGGAUCAGGCUGGUGAGGAUGGCCCUGUUGGUGAUGCUCGUGGAAAGUGGACUGAUUAUCAUGUUGGCAAUUUUGUGGUUGAGAAUGAGAACAAGUUGACUGAAGUAAAGUUCUCUAUGACACAAAUUGAUUGCACACAUUCUAAAGGGGGACUUUCUCUUGACUCUGUUUCAAUCGUUCCAAGCAAGCUUCAGAAGGAAACAGAGGUCUGUAAAUAUUGUGUUGGCUUUUAUACCUAUCUUUGGAAAUCCUUUGGAAUUUGAGAAACAGACUAAACUUCAACAUGCCAAUUUUCAUUUUAAAAUCAGUAAAAUUCCUCACUCUGAAUCGUCCAUGAAAAUGUGUGCAGAAUAAGCAUGCUGGUUGCUAUUCAUAAAUCAGAUCAUAGGCCAUGCCAACAAACAAAACAAAUACAGGGGUAUUUGGUUGAUGUUUUUGGCUACUGUUGUUUCAGUAGCACGGAGAUUCAGCAAAUGCUGCCCGUAGGGAUUCGUGCACAAGUCUUCUGGAUGUGAGCAAUGAUGCCUUAGUGCAAGUAUAUAUUACUAUUCAUGUACCUUUGAGCAGUGGUUUAGUUCUGCUGUUCUAGAUGUGAAAGCUCUGAUUCAGGCAUCUUAAAUAGGACCCAUGGAUUUCAUUGUAGCGAUCACAUUGAAACAAUGAUAUACAGGUCCUUAACUCUUAUCAGAGGGCAUAUUUUUUUAGCUCUGGUAAUUUGUAGUUUUGGUCUGGAAGAUAAUGCAAGUGACAAGAUUGAUCUUAUAUCAAUUAUUUUUACAUCACUGCUAGAUUGUGGUAGUAUGUAUUUUUCUGUAAUUGGUCAGUCAUAUACUUGUACAUAUUUGCAUAUGCAGGCAAGUAGAUAAAAAAUCUCAAUUUUGAAAGCGAGAUGAUAAUAGAACUCAUACAAGAUAUUAAUUUUUUGGGGUCUUUGCAUAUUGGAUUUUUUUUAAGUUCAUGCUGUGGACAUUAUGAAUGGAUUGCAUUAGCCAUUGAGAUGUAUUAAGUAUACAUUACCAGGGAGUGUAAUACUAUUUAGAGCAUUCAAUAAAGCUGUUCCAAGGAAUUAUCAUUGAUAUUA